CGCCUCUUUCAUUUGGAGGGGGUGGGGCAGUGGGCCAUGACGCCAUCAGAGGGCGUCGGAAGAGGGGUGGAAAGCGUGUUGGAGAUGUUGGAGUCGCUUUUGGCUCUUGGCGGCAUGGUGCUGCUACGGGACUCCGUGGAGUGGGAGGGGCGCAGUCUCUUGAAGGCGCUUAUCAAGAAAUCAGCACUGUAUGGAGAGCAAGUCCACGUCCUGGGCUGUGAAGUGAGCGAAGAAGAGUUUCGUGAAGGUUUUGACUCCAGUAUCAACAGUCGGCUGGUUUACCAUGACCUCUUUAGAGACCCUCUUAACUGGUCGAAGACUGGGGAAGCCCUUCCUGGGGGCCCCCUGGAAGCCUUGAGAGCCCUGUGCGGGAGGACAGAUCCUGGCCCUAUCACCGUUGCUCUUGAUUCCCUCAGCUGGCUGCUGCUUCACCUUCCCUGCACCACACUCUGCCAGGCUCUGCAUGCUCUGAGCCGGCAGGACCCCUGCCCUGGAAAGCAGGUGCGUGUGCUGGGCCUGCUUCAUGAAGAGCUUCAUGGCCCAGGCCCUGUGAGAACGUUGAGCAGCCUUGCUCAGGCCGAGGUGACCCUGAGCGGGGCGAUGGGCCAGGCCUCAGCCCACAUCCUCUAUCGAAGGCCCCGACAGCACCCGACCCACCAGACUCAGUGGUUCUCCAUCCUUCCUGACUUCAGCCUGGAUCUCCAAGGGGGUCCCCUGCUAGAGCCCCAGCCCCAACCAGAUCCUCACACACCCCCGGUGGACCCCACAAAUCAUUUGACUUUCAAUCUUCGCCUGUCCAAGAAAGAGAGAGAAGCCAAAGAUAGCCUGGCCCUGCCCUUCCAGUUCAGCUCGGAAAAAGCCUUGGGUCCCAGCUCCACAGUUGUCCCCAGAGUAAUCAGGGCCUGGGCUGAACCAGAACAGACCCUGGGGCAGUGGCCCUAUGUCCAGGCAGUGGUGCCAGGAGCACAGGAAGCCGGAUGGACAGCAGGCUCUACUGCGCCCUGGGCCAGGCCAGGCUACCAGCCACAUCUUCUAUGAGCCAGACACUUAUGAUGACUUGGACCAAGAAGACCCAGAUGAUGACCUAGAUGUUUGACUGGCCAGGACAUUUGACCAGACUGUAAUUGGAAAGGGAAGAGGGAAACCUUGGGCCCAUAACCAUCCUUCCAUUGUUUGCAUUGGCCUUACCCUGUCUGUCCCCCAUCUGUGUUCCCUAUGUCUAUGGAGGCCCUGCCCUGUGACCCAUGAGCCUGGGAACAGCUUCCAAUGAGGACAGAAAGUGGGAUGGGGGCAUAAGGGAAGGUGAGGGACUAGGAACACCACCACCCCUAAGCCUAAUAAAAAUCUUUAUUUUUUUAAUUAAAAA